AUGGCCCCUGAGAAAGAUGGCAAUGGAUUGGACAACAAUGCAUUUGCUAUGGAUGGUGAGGAGAGCCUUUCUGAGUUGCCUGAAAAGAAAGAGGGAAAAGAUUCCAACAUGACAGAUGAGAACAGCAGAAACAGACUAAUCUACUGUAUCACUGAUGUUCCACCAUGGUACCUGUGCAUCAUCCUAGGAAUUCAACACUACUUGACAGCAUUUGGUGGCAUUAUCGCCAUUCCACUGAUCCUGACCCAAGGGCUGUGUCUACAGCAUGAUGGCCUAACCCAGAGUCACCUUAUCAGCACCAUCUUCUUUGUCUCUGGCAUGUGCACUCUGUUGCAGGUCACCUUUGGAGUCAGAUUACCCAUUCUACAAGGUGGCACUUUCACCUUGCUUGCACCUUCCAUGGCUUUGCUAUCGAUGCCAGAGUGGACUUGUCCUGCAUGGACGCAAAAUGCCAGCUUGGUCAACACCUCCUCCCCAGAGUUCAUUAAUGUGUGGCAGAGUCGCAUGCAAGUGCUGCAGGGAUCCAUUAUGGUGGGCUCCCUGCUCCAGGUGUUUGUGGGAUUCUCUGGUAUAAUUGGCUUUCUUAUGCGCUUCAUUGGUCCUCUGACCAUUGCACCAACCAUCUCCCUGAUUGGUCUGUCCCUUUAUGACUCAGCUGGUGUGAAUGCGGGAAACCACUGGGGAAUUUCUGUCAUGACCACAAUCUUGAUUGUGCUGUUUUCACAGUACCUUCGCCAUAUCGCUCUGCCUUUCCCCAAAUACAACAAGACCAAGAAAUUCCACACUUCUAAGAUCUACAUUUUUCAGAUUCUUCCUGUGCUGUUGGGAAUCACACUGUCCUGGCUGAUCUGUUACCUCUUUACCAUCUAUAACGUCUUACCUUCAGAUCCAACCCAGUAUGGCUACCUGGCUCGCACUGACAUUAAUGGUGAUGUCAUAAGCCCUGCACCAUGGUUCAGGUUUCCUUACCCAGGUCAGUGGGGUGUACCAACAGUGAGUUUGGCAGGGGUGCUAGGGAUCAUGGCUGGGGUUAUAGCCUCCGUGGUUGAGUCUGUGGGUGAUUACUACGCCUGUGCCAGGCUUUCUGGUGCUCCUCCUCCACCCAAACAUGCCAUAAACAGGGGAAUUGGUAUCGAAGGACUGGGGUGUCUACUGGCAGGGGCAUGGGGCACAGGAAAUGGGACCACUUCCUACAGUCAGAAUGUUGGAGCCCUCAGCAUCACUAAGGUUGGUAGUCGCAUGGUUAUUGUAGCCAGUGGAUUCUUCAUGAUUAUUCUGGGUGUGUUCGGGAAAAUUGGAGCCAUUUUCACCACCAUCCCAACCCCUGUUGUUGGAGGGAUGUUCCUGGUAACAUUUGGGGUCAUAGCUGCAGCCGGAGUGUCUAAUCUUCAGUAUGCAGAUAUGAACUCAUCUCGAAACGUCCUUAUCUUUGGAUUUUCCAUGUUUUCUGGACUAGCCAUUCCUAACUGGAUUCUCAAAAACCCCACUGCCAUAGCAACAGGUGUAACUGAGUUGGACCAGGUAUUUCAGGUGCUCUUAUCCACCAGCAUGUUUGUGGGAGGUUUCCUUGGGUUUAUUCUUGACAACACUGUCCCUGGCACCAAGCGUGAACGAGGCGUCAUGGCCUGGAGCAAGGCCCAUGAGGCAGACUCAGGCAGCUCUUUGCAGGAGAAUGAAGUGUACAGCCUUCCAUUUGGCAUCAGUUCUUACUUUUCUUCUUUCUCACUGGUUAGAUAUCUGCCUUUUUGCCCCUCUAACAAAACAAACAUGCAGGAUCAGACCCCCAGCUAUCCAGCCAUCAAGAGAGAACUGAGUAAGAAAGAGUCAGGUGAGCUCAACUGCUCACCUACAAUAGAGGAAGUGGCUCUAUAA